AUGAGGAAAUUCGAGUUUCCUGCUUCUAAUAACCAGGCAGAGUAUGAAACCUUAGUGGCUACCCUGAAGCUGGCUAAAAAAGUGGGUGUAGAAAAGUUAAUAGUGUUCAACGAUUCUCAAGUAAUAACUUCACAAAUUAAGGGAACUGAUGAGCGGGCUGAAAUUGGGGAGUUGGAGCAGAAGUCUGAUUCAGAGACAGAGAAAGCACUGCAGAUGCUUUUCAAAUCUGACCUGCCGGUUAUCACAUUCUACAUGGGUUCAAAGUAUGUCUUUCAUCGGACAAUGAUGAACCACCAGCUUGAAAUUAUGUCUCUCAGGCAGCUAAUUCGUGACUUCGUUGGGGACUUCUUGAAACAUCAGUUCAGCCGAUUUUCGGGAUGGAUGACCCCUAUAGGCAACUAUCUCAAAUUUGAUGUCCUCUCUGAGAAUGAAAAGAAGGCCCGAAGACUCAUAAAAGAGGCAUAUAAUUACAUACUGGUCCAUAAUUUUCUAUACAAAAGAGGGAUAUCAACACCUCUCUUAAAGUUCGUCCCAGCUUCCAACACAAAGGAAGUCUUAGAGGAUAUACAUAAUGGCAUAUGUGGGAAUCAUUUGGGAGUCCAGUCACUAGCCAAUAAGGUAAUGCAAGCUGGUUUCCUUUUGCCAUCCUUACAAAAAGAAGCGGCUGAGUUUGUUGAGAAGUGUCCACCUUGUCAGAAACAUGCCAACUUCCAUGUUGCGCCUCCUGAAGAGCUCAUUAGCGUUAUCUCAACAUGGCCAUUUGCAAAAUGGAGUCUCGAUCUACUCAGACAAUUUUCUCAAGCUCCAGGACAAGUUAAAUAUUUCAUAAUGGGGAUUGACUAUUUCACUAAGUGGAUCGAGACAGAACCAUUAGCAACUAUUACUGCCCAAAGAAGUCAAAAAUUCCUUUACAAGAACAUUUUCACAAGGUUUGGAGUUCCCCACUCCAUCACCACGAAUAAUGGGAUUCAAUUCACUGACUUGACCUUCAGGAAUCUAGUGGCCGAUCUCAAGAUAAAGCACCAGUUCACAUUGGUAGAACACCCUCAGGGCAAUAGACAAGUUGAAGUUGCAAAUAAGGUCAUACUAGCCGAGUUCAAACGCCAAUUGCAAGAAGCAAAGGCGGCAUGGGUAAAUGAGCUCCCUCAAGUCUUAUGA